UGGUCCACCUGUGUGCCAGGGGGCUAGCCUGCCCUGCCUGUGCCCCGGGGGUGCGGGGGCUAGCCUUGUCCACCUGUGUGUGUGUGGUCCACGUGUGUGUGUGUGUGUGUGAGAGAGAGAGAGCGGGCUAACCUCAUCAUUCACCGGUGUGCCAGGGGGCCAGCCUCAUCUACCCGUGCGCCCUGGGUCGGGGUGGGGGUUGACGGACAGUAUGAGGGGAACCUGGUGAUGGGGCCUAGUGAGGGUUGAGCAGCUGUCGGCCAGGGGCACUUAGCCUGGGACCAUGGUCACCUGACAACAGCCUGCGUUAACUGUGGCCUUUACACCGGGCUUCCACCUCCGUUGCAUUCUAUUUUCUUAUUAGAAGAGAAUUCCGUGGCUUAAAACAAAAAAGUUUGCAGACCUCUGGUCUAACAGUUGUUUUUUUUUACCACCAAGGAAACUGAGGCCCAGAAAGAGGAAGUGACUGGUUCAAGACCACCCAGCAGAGCAGACUGUAGAGGAGGCAGAUUUCAGGGGAGUGCUGAGUGUCUGUAGUGGGCCCUGGCUUGGGGGUCCCCGCUGGAAGGACAGAUGCGAUUGGGCCUCCUAGUGGCCCUGCCACUUGCUGUGUGGCUGUGUCCCAGCCAGAUCCCAGUGCCUGGGAAACAGCAGCCCCACCUCGGAUAGGAUAGCUGGGAGUGCCCAGAGGCUCUGGGGCUUUGCCCAAGAACAUAGCACAGCCGGGAAGAGUACCGGCUGCUCUCGGGGGCCAGGCAGAACACAGAGCCCCGUGAGACAGAUGGAGGGAAGCUAGACUGACAGCAAGCCUCCUGGUUUGAGACCACUAGGACUCAGAGGCCAGCAACCCUCAUCCUGUCCCCAGCCCUUCCCAGCUUGGACCCAUGCCCCCGCCAGCCAGCCCUGGAUCCCAGGCAGCUAGCAGACACCUGGGAGCGGAAGCCCUGUGAGCAGGCAGAGGCGACGGGAGCUCUGGGGUCCUGGCCACCUCCCCCCCAUGGAGCUGAGGCCCUGGUUGCUCUGGGUGGCAGCAGCAGCCUUGGUCCUGCUGGAAGCUGAUGUCCGUGGCCAGAAGGUCUUCACCAACACGUGGGCCGUGCACAUCCCUGGAGGCCCAGCUGUGGCUGACAGCUUGGCACGAAAGCAUGGGUUUCACAACCUGGGUCAGAUCUUCGGUGACUAUUACCACUUCUGGCAUCGAGCAGUGACAAAGCGAUCUCUGUCCCCUCACCUCCCGCGGCACAGCCGGCUGAAGAGGGAGCCUCAGGUACACUGGCUGGAGCAGCAGGUGGCGAAGCGAAGGACCAAACGAGACAUAUACCAGGAACCCACGGACCCCAAGUUCCCCCAGCAGUGGUACCUGUCACAAGGCUGGGUGUCCCUGCAGUCUGGCAUCACACAGCGGGACCUGAAUGUGAAGGCAGCCUGGGCGCAGGGCUUCACGGGACAUGGCAUUGUGGUCUCCAUCCUGGACGACGGCAUCGAGAAGAACCAUCCGGACCUGGCAGGCAAUUAUGAUCCUGGAGCCAGCUUUGAUGUCAAUGACCAGGACCCUGACCCCCAGCCCCGCUACACACAGAUGAAUGACAACAGGCAUGGCACACGCUGUGCUGGUGAAGUGGCUGCAGUGGCCAACAACGGUGUCUGUGGUGUGGGCGUGGCCUAUAAUGCCCGCAUUGGAGGGGUGCGCAUGCUGGACGGUGAGGUGACCGACGCAGUGGAGGCCCGCUCACUGGGCCUGAACCCCAGCCACAUCCACAUCUACAGUGCCAGCUGGGGCCCCGAGGAUGACGGCAAGACUGUGGAUGGCCCGGCCCGCCUGGCCGAGGAGGCCUUCUUCCGGGGGGUCAGCCAGGGCCGCGGGGGGCUGGGCUCCAUCUUUGUCUGGGCCUCGGGGAAUGGGGGCCGGGAACAUGACAGCUGCAACUGUGACGGCUACACCAACAGCAUCUACACGCUGUCCAUCAGCAGCGCCACGCAGCUCGGCAACGUGCCCUGGUACAGCGAGGCCUGCUCGUCCACGCUGGCCACCACCUACAGCAGCGGCAACCAGAACGAGAAGCAGAUCGUGACCACUGACCUGCGGCAGAAAUGCACAGAGUCUCACACGGGCACCUCAGCCUCUGCCCCCUUGGCAGCUGGAAUCAUCGCUCUCACUCUGGAGGCCAACAAGAACCUCACCUGGCGGGACAUGCAGCACCUGGUGGUACAAACCUCAAAACCAGCUCACCUCAACGCUAAUGACUGGGCCACCAAUGGCGUGGGCCGCAAAGUGAGCCACUCAUAUGGCUAUGGGCUGCUGGACGCUGGUGCCAUGGUGGCCCUGGCCCAGAACUGGACAACGGUACCCCCCCAGCGGAAGUGCGUCAUCGACAUCCUCACGGAGCCCAAGGACAUUGGCAAACGGCUAGAGGUGCGCAAGACGGUGAGCGCGUGCCUGGGUGAGCCCAGCCACGUCACCCGGCUGGAGCACGCGCAGGCCCGGCUCACCCUGUCCUACAACCGCCGCGGGGACCUGGCCAUCCACCUCGUCAGCCCCAUGGGCACCCGCUCCACCCUGCUGGCCGCCAGGCCACACGACUACUCCGCGGACGGCUUCAACGACUGGGCGUUCAUGACAACCCACUCGUGGGACGAGGACCCCUCGGGCGAGUGGGUCCUGGAGAUUGAAAACACCAGUGAAGCCAACAACUAUGGGACGCUGACCAAGUUCACGCUUGUGCUGUACGGCACCGCACCGGAGGGGCUCCCCACACCCCCUGAGAGCAGCGGCUGCAAGAUGCUCACAUCCAGCCAGGCCUGCGUGGUGUGUGAGGAAGGCUUCUCCUUGCACCAGAAGAGCUGUGUCCAGCUCUGCCCCCCCGGCUUCACCCCCCAAGUCCUCGACACGCACUACAGCACGGAGAAUGACGUGGAGACCAUGCGGGCCAGCGUCUGCGUCCCCUGCCACUCCUCGUGUGCCACCUGCCGGGGCCCCGCACCCACAGACUGCCUCAGCUGCCCCCGCCACGCCACCCUGGACCCCGUGGAGCAGAUGUGCUCCCGGCAAAGCCAGAGCAGCCGCGAGUCCCGGCCUCAACCUCCUGGGCGGCCGGCGGAGGUGGAGCCUGAGCCGCGGCUGCAGGCCGGACUGCUGCCCUCCCACCUGCCCGAGGUGGUGGCCGGCCUCAGCUGCGCCUUCAUCGUGCUGGUCUUCGUCACCGUCUUCCUCGUCCUGCAGCUGCGCUCCGGCUUCAGCUUCCGGGGGGUGAAGGUGUACACCAUGGACCGCGGCCUCAUCUCCUACAAGGGGCUGCCCCCCGAGGCCUGGCAGGAGGAGGGCCCCUCCGACUCGGAGGAGGACGAGGGCCGGGGCGAGAGGACCGCCUUCAUCAGAGACCAGAGUGCCCUGUGAUGCCCAGCCCUCAAGCUCACCCCACCUCGGGCACUUUUUAAUUCACCAAAGUAUUUUUGUAUCUUGAAACUGGGUUUGGACCGUGGCUGGGCAGCUGGAGGAGCUGAGACUGCUUCCCACCCCAGCGCCAGGCCCACCCAGUGGCUGAGCCAGCCGGGGGGUGGGGGGAGCCUCGCCGAGCCCCCUGCUUCCCUCCACGGGGAGAGAGGAGUGAAACCUUUAGGGCAGCUUUCCAAGGCUGAGGCCCAGCAGAGGCCUGUGGUGCAGAGGGGCGGCCCUUCCCGGGGACUCCUGACCCGGGCUGCAGCCCCUGCCCCUCCUUGCCCCUCUAAAGCAAUAAUGGCCCCGUCCAGGCAGCAGGGAGCUGGCCGAGGAGGCGUUUGCGGGAGGAGGCCUCCUCCCAAGGGCUCUCCUGCCUGACCCUGUCCCGCACCCCUGGGGAGCCUCCAGCCUCCGGUGGCAGAAGCCUUGAUCAUAGGAAGGGACCAAGGCAGGGCAGGUGCUUGGGUGCACGUGGGGCCUGCCUCUGCGCUCUGGGCCUCCACCGCUGGGGCUGACUGGCUGGCCUGGGCCAGGUGGAGCCCCUGGCUCCUGGCCACCCUGUCCCCUCUAGCACCCUCCUUUGCCAGGGCCCAAGUCCCUGUUUUCUGAGCCCGGGGCCACCAGGGCUGUUGGCAUUCACAGCCCGGGAGCCCCUGGGUGGGUGGUGGGGAGGGACGGUGGCCCAGCCGGGCCCUCCCGCCUCCCACCCGAUGCUGCUUUCCCCCGUGGGGAUCUCAGGAGCUGUUUGAGGAUAUAUUUUCACUUUGUGAUUAUUUCACUUUAGAUGAUUUUUUUUUUGUAUUUUUAAUGGGGGUAGCAGCUGGACCACCCACCUCCUCACACCCACUGUCCACCCUCCUCUCUCCUGGCUGCCCACCCAGCCCCGAGGCUGGCACUGUGGCAUGUUGCUGAGGACUGGCAGUGCCUGAGUCCUGAAGAGGCAGGCCGGCUGGAGGCUCCGGGAAAGGGGGUCCUGGUGGGAGGUAGGCUGACACCUGUGCUUCAUGUGGGGCUGUGCCAAGGGCUUAGGGUCGCUGGCUCUCCAAGUGCCAGGGGUGGGCAGGUAUACCACCAAGCCCCCGCUAACACUGUGCCCCGGUGGGGAAGCACUGACCUAUCAUGCCCCCAACCCCCUCUUCUGACGUGCCUUUUGCACCCCUCCCAGUAGGACAAUCAGUCUCCUCCCAUCUGGGAGCCCCCUUUUCGCUUUCCCCAGCCCCCUGGUGUCCGCCUGCCCAGAGGGCCCCCCUCCCCCUCCCCGUGGCCAGCCCGGCUGGUUUUGUAAGAUACUGGGUUGGCUCACGGUGAUUUUUUUUUUCCUUGUAAUUUAAACAGGCCCAGCAUUGUUGGUUCUAUUUAAUGGACACGAGAUAAUGUUAAAGGUUUUAAAGUGAUUAAACGUGCAGACUAUGCAAACCAG